AUGGACAGAUCCCAAAGUUUUCGUGAGCGCGACAGAGAAAGGGAGCGAAGUGGACGCGAUGAGGCUGCACCCGGUCCGUCCCAGCAGCAGCAACAGCGUCAAAGGAUGCAGGUUUACGUUCAGAAUUACAACAAUCGCGAUCGAGAUUAUCGUCAAAAUGAUCGCGAUUGGAAUCGCGGCGAGACAUCCGGGCCAGAUCAGCUGACUUGGCAACAAAGAGAAAUGGAGAGGAACGACAGCUAUCGGGAAAGAGGUCGUCGUGAUUAUAACAACUACAGACAAAGACAAUAUAACAAGUUUGAUGACGAUAGGGAGGAGCCGGUUCCCGAAGACCCACGCGUAGACAGAAAUGAUGAAGAUGGGUGGGAAUAUGACGAUUAUCAAGCUGCCGGUUACCACCACGAUCCGAAAGAGUUUCAACAUAAGCACAAUAGAAAUUACAAUAGGCCGUUUAAUAACCGUGGAGGAUUUCGAGGACGAGGCCGUGGCGGAUACUAUCAUAAUCGUCAUUACAACCGUGAC